AUAAGCGUUUUAAGAGACGUGGUGGCCCUCGAAGGAUGCGAUGGCUCAAGACACAGUAAGCAACCCCACAUAUCUUCCCUACCCAUUUCUCCUCCUGCGAAGGUAGCGCCGCGCCGCUUACAUGGCGCCCAAGGCCAAGGUGAACCCCAAGCCCUCGCCUGCACCGCCGCCUCCCGACGCCCAGUCUGCCCCCAUCGAGGACCUCUUCUCCGCUCUCCAUCGCCAUACCCAGAACUUCGAGUACGAACGGGCCGCCAAGGUCGCAGAUCAAGUUCUCGCGAUCGCACCCGGGGAUGAGGAUGCCCUGCGGUGCAAGGUCGUGGCUUUGAUCAAGUCCGACGCGAUCGAUAAGGCUCUCUCCGCGAUCCAGGGUUCUCGUCACCUGCCCAUAGAUCUCAGAUUUUACGAGGCAUAUUGCUUGUACAGGCAGAAUAAACUGCAUGAAGCACUAGAGGCAAUAGACGGUCAAGAAAGAAACUCUAUGAUCCUGCAGUUAGAAUCUCAGAUAUUUUAUCGUUUAGGAAAAAUGGAUGCUUGCAUGGAAAGCUAUGAGAAGAUUCAAAGAUUCAAGAUUGACUCCUUAGAUAUAAAAACAAACAUCAUAGCUGCUCUGGUUGCAGCUGGAAGGUCUCCUGAAGUUCAAGGAACUAUGGAUGCACUUAAAGUCAAAGCUUCUAGUAACUUUGAACUGGCAUACAACUAUGCUUGCUCCUUGAUUGAAACGAAAAAAUAUGCAGAUGCUGGGCAACAAUUACUUUCAGCUCGAAGAAUUGGCCAGGAAAUGUUAAUGGAGGAGGACUAUGCUGAUGAUGAGAUAGAAAAUGAACUAGCUCCAAUUGCUGUGCAGCUUGCAUAUGUGCAUCAGCUACAGGGGCAAACACAAGAAGCUAUAGAAGUGUAUAUGGCUAUAAUAAACCGUAAUUUGUCUGAUGCUUCAUCGCUUGCGGUGGCAACAAAUAACCUUAUUGCACUAAGGGGUACAAAGGAUGUUUCUGAUAGUUUAAGAAGACUUGAUCGGCUGAUAGAGAAAGGUGCUGGUGCAAAGCAAUUCCAAAUUGCUAAUGGUUUAGAUGUUAAAUUAUCCACAAGGCAAAAAGAAUCUCUGUAUUCAAAUCGUCUGCUUUUACUUCUUCAAGCAAAUAGGAUGGAUCAGGCUCGAGAACUCAUCUCUGCGCUACCAGAGAUGUUCCCAGAUAGUGUAACACCAGUUCUGCUUCAAGCGGCUUUACUUGUUAGAGAGAAGAAGGUGGCAAAGGCUGAGGAAAUACUUCUGCUGUAUGCAGAUAGAUUUCCCGACAAAUCUAAGCCAGUCUUUCUUGCCCGUGCUCAAAUUGCUGCUGCCGCUGGACAUUUUCAGAUCUCUGUUGACUCCCUGUCAAAGAUUACUGAUAUCCAAAACAUGCCUGCAACUGUUGCGACUCUUGUAUCAUUGCAGGAGCGCAUGGGCGACUCUGGUGGUGCUAAUGCAGUACUCAACUCUGCAAUUGAAUGGUGGAAGAAUGCCAUGACCGAAGAAAAUAAACUUGAUUUGAUAAUGCAGGAAGCUGCAUCCUAUAAGCUCAAUCAUGGACGUGAGGAAGAAGCCUUCCAGUUAUACGAAAAACUUGUCAAGAGUCGUGGAAAUAUUGAAGCUUUAUUGGGUCUUGUAAUGACUGCUGCUCACACCAACCUUGAGAAGGCUGAAUUAUAUGAGAAGCAGUUGAGGCCACUUUCUGGCUUGAAACAAAUGAAUGCGGAGAACCUAGAGAAGACACCCGGUGCAAAGCAUGUUGAAGGUACACAUACCAUGAGGGUAGAAGUUUCUGAGGAUGUGAAGAAAGCUAAGACGAAGAAAAGAAAGAGGAAGCCUCGGUAUCCAAAGGGAUUUGAUCCUGCAAAUCCAGGGCCUCCACCAGAUCCUGAGAGAUGGCUGCCAAAGAGAGAAAGAUCAAGUUAUAGGCCUAAGAGGAAGGAUAAGAGAAGUCAGGUUAGGGGUUCUCAAGGAUCUGUGGUCAGAGAGAAGCAUGAGACAGCUACUACAGCAACCAGUGUUUCCUCAGACAUUGGCCCGAGUACAAAAUCAAACCAGGGUAUUUCUAGCUCAUCCAAAAGUGGAUCACAAAAGGCAACUACUCAUGAGCAGCCAAAAGCUUCCAGCAAGUCGAAAAAGAAGUCCCGAAAAUAAUAUCAUCAAAUACAACUGUUGGUGCAGGACAUUUUGAACAUUAUCCAUUUCCUUUGGAUUUCUGCCCUUUCUGAGGCUUGCUUCAUUGAUCUCAAUUUUUCCAUGUUAAAUCAUUUUGUUUUUUUCUCUACAGUUAAUAAUUUUUGUCAAAUCAUGAAAUUGUUUACAGUUGAUUUUGAUUUUGGCAUUUGGAUUAAUAAGAUUGUAGCUCAAAAAUAAAGAUAAUAUGGAGUGAUUAUGUA